AUGGCUUUGGGAUGGCUAGUCCUGAUUUUCUGCUGCUUUGGCCAGUUGAGUGCCAAGCUAUUCAAUGUUACUCAUACCACAGAUCUCGAGUUGGAGGAUAGAUUACUUCGAGUGCUUUCGCGACUUAAUUUGGAGGAAGAGUACAACACUCUGCUGGUCUACGGAGAAGAAUGCGUGUUCCAUUCGUUACUAAGACACCUGGGCAAGCCCGCAGUAAUUGUAGCCUCGGGAAGUACCAAUUAUGAUUGGAACUUCAGUACCUCGACCCUCAUACUGACCUGUGGAUCUGAUGCAGAGAGGGAGGAGAACUCGAACACCCUACUGAAGUUGCAGAGAACCAGGCGGCUGAUCCAUCUACAGGAAAAUAGCCAGCCAGAGGAGAUUUGCAACCAAUAUUCCCAGAAGGAGCAACAUAACAUUGCUAUGGUCAAGUCCAGCUUUCAUCAGUCAGAUACCAUUUACUCCUGUCGCUUCUUUCAGACACCCAACUAUGAGGAAGAGCACUUUUUCCAAGACCAACCCAUCUACAUUGAGAACUUUCAGAAUAUGCAUGGAGCUAUGAUUAGAACGGUGCCAGAUCUUCUGGUGCCUCGAACCAUGGUCUAUCGAGAUAGGAAGACUGGCCAGACCAAAAUGGUCGGUUAUCUGGCCAACAUGAUGAACAACUAUGUCCGGAAACUGAAUGCCAGUCUGGAGUUCAUAAACAUAACAGACCUGGGCGUUCAGAAGGCCAGUGUGGUGGAUAUUAUGAACUGGGCCAAGGAGGAUAUCCUGGACAUUGGCACCGCACUGUCCAGUUCCUUGCAGUUCAAGAGUACGGGCAACGUUUGGUAUCCCUACUUGCUGACCGGCUACUGUCUGAUGGUUCCGGUGCCCGCCAAGCUGCCCUACAACUUGGUGUAUUCGAUGAUAGUGGAUCCACAGGUCCUCAGCAUUAUCUUCGUGCUGUUGUGCGUGUUCUCGAUUCUGAUCAUCUACUCGGAAAACCUCUCCUGGCAAAAUCUCACCCUGGCCAACGUACUGCUGAACGACAAAAGCCUUCGAGGUCUUCUAGGUCAAUCGUUUCCGUUUCCCCCCAAUCCCAGCAAGCACCUCAAGCUCAUCAUCUUUGUCCUGUGCUUCGCCAGCGUUAUGAUCACCACCAUGUACGAGGCCUAUCUGCAAUCCUAUUUCACUCGCCCUCCCUCCGAACCAUCUAUUCGCUCCUUUCGAGAUAUUGGAAACUUUUCGCUGAAGAUGGCGAUAAGCAGGAUGGAGGUAAAUGUGCUGACCUCCUUGAACAAUUCCCACUUUCGGGAGAUCAACGAGGAUCACCUACUGAUCUACGAGAACUGGUCGGAAUAUCUAGUCCUGCGUGACUCCUUCAAUACCAGUUUUAUAUUUCCCGUAUCUGUGGAUCGAUGGAGUGGCUACGAGGCACAGCAGAAGCUCUUCGCAGAGCCCGCCUUCUAUCUGGCCGCAGAUCUGUGCUUCAAUCAGCUCAUGUUCUUCAGCCCACCCAUGCGAAGAUAUCUGCCCCAUCGACACCUCUUUGAGGAGCACAUGAUGCGACAGCACGAGUUCGGAUUGGUGACAUUCUGGAAGAGCCAGAGCUUUAUCGAAAUGGUUAGGCUGGGCCUGGCGUCCAUGAAGGACCUAAGUCACGAGCGAAAGAUUGAGGGGAGCCUACUUCUCGACGACAUCUCCUGGAUACUAAAGCUUUAUUUGGGAGCCAUCGGACUGAGUAUCUGCUGCUUUAUACUGGAGAUAUCUCGUUGCGGUGAGAUAUGCAGUCGGUUGUGGAGGUGCUGGAGGUAA